AGCCAAUGGGCUGUGUUAUUUUGUAUAUUUUUUGGCAGUUGGUCACACGAGCUGGGUAGAUAGAUAUCAAAAAAAUUGAAUAUCGCAUUAUUCAACAAAAUAAAAAAUUGAGAGCGUUACAAGUGACAAUUCACACAUUUUUUUAAUUCUCAGUUUGUGAACUAACGUAAAAUUCACGUCAAGCACUCCAAACGAAAGGGAAUCGAAAAUGACUGACCGUAAAGCAGUGAUUAAAAAUGCCGACAUGAGUGAAGAUAUGCAGCAGGAUGCUGUAGACUGUGCAACUCAGGCGAUUGAGAAAUACAAUAUUGAAAAGGAUAUUGCGGCAUACAUUAAGAAGGAAUUCGACAAAAAGUACAAUCCAACAUGGCAUUGUAUCGUCGGUAGAAAUUUCGGAUCAUACGUGACCCACGAGACCCGCCACUUUAUCUACUUUUAUCUAGGCCAGGUGGCGAUACUGUUGUUUAAGAGUGGUUAAACCCCCUCGACCCUCUUUCUCUCACAUACCAGAUCUUUGCCCCCCUUCUAAUAAAAAAAAAUCACAAAUCCCCCUCCAGUUUCAGUAUUCCAAUUUUAGACUUACUUUUUUUUGUUCAAAUAUUGAUUAUUUUUGGACAUUUUGGCGCAUAUUUUUCUUCUUAAACGUGGAAAUUUUGCGCUCUGAUAAAAAAUUUUCGAGUUUCUAUUAUUUUUUAAUGAUGGUUUUAUAUAUUUCUGGAAUAAAAUUAUUUUGUUGAUAA